AUGUGCACUCUAAAGCAAAAUUUCAAGCAGGUAAAAAUUGCCGACCUAAAAAAAUCGUAUGACGCAGACACAGCAGAAAACUUGGCCAACGAAGCCACUACGACCCCCCCUCCUAACCCCGCCGAGGAGGGGCUAAGGGAACAAUUGAGCGGGGAUGCUGUCAAUUGCUUCACUGGAGGGAAAUUCCAAAGGGAUGCCCGCCGGAGAAGUAGAAGGCGACUGGAGGAGCACAGCAGAAGGCUAGUGCAUCCUCAGGGCUCUUCCACAAUUUUGGAGGAGUUGGAGGAGAAAGUACGUGAGCUGGAGGAGGCUGUUAGCCGCAAAGAGGAGGAACUCCGCCUGGCUGACACCGAGGCGUGUGAGCUCAACAGUCAGUUACAGUCUCGUGAUGUAGCCCUCGCUCAAAAAGGUGAAGAGGUGGAGCAUCUGAAUGCCAUCUUGGCCAGCCUUCGGCAACAGCUGGUACACACUAUGGAGGGAUGCCGAGCGUACACGGCUCUCCUUGCAGGCCAAACACAAGGAAUGCUAUGUGAAGGUGGCAGUGCAGGUGAGCCUGUAACAUAA